AAAGCAGAACCUGUAAGCGUUGAAAAUGUCGAGGAAACUGUUGCACCUAAAGCAUGGAAAAACAAGGCUACAUCUUCCAAGAAGGAAAAUACUAAAGUACCACCUGCUGAACCAGCUGAAGGUGAAAACGAGACAACCGAAAAAAGAAUAACAAAACGUAGGAAAGCAGCAGAACCCGUAAGUGCUGAAAGUAAGGAGGAACCUAAGGCAAAGAAAACUAAAGGUAAAACUGCCAAGAAGGCAGACAGUGGAAAUAAAGAAGAAACCCAAGUGGAAGAAGCGAAAAAACCUCAAACACUCAGAGCUCUAAGAGCUAGUAAGAGAGAGACUGCGCCAGUACAAAGGGGGCCUAAAAAUUCGACAGUAACUAAUUGGGAAAAUAUAAAUUUCAAAUGCACCACGAAAUCCCCGAAAGGAAAAGCUCCCAACUUUCAUAUCACUACGUGGAAUGUAGACGGAUUAAGAAGCUGGUUAAAGAAGGGAUGCCUUGAUAUCUUGAAGUAUGACAAACCAGAUAUACUUUGUAUUCAAGAGACUAUGUGCGCUGUAUAUAAAUUACCAGAAGAAGUCAAGACUAUAGAAGGUUACGAAACAUUGUGGUGUAGUAGCGAUAAAGAUGGCUAUGCAGGUGUAGGCAUUAUGGUUAAAGAUAAACCACUUAAUGUUAUUUAUGGGAUUGACUCUAAAGAACAUGAUACAGAGGGCAGAUGUAUCACUGUGGAGUAUGAAACUUUUGUAGUCAACGUAUAUGUCCCCAAUGCAGGUCGAAAUCUAGUCACCUUGCCAAAACGUUUAGAUUGGAACGAACAAUUCGAGAAGUUUAUUAAAAAUUUGGACUCCCAAAAACCAGUCAUAAUUUGUGGGGAUAUGAACGUGGCACACAAAGAGAUUGACUUGGCUAAUCCCAAAACCAACACCAAUAGUGCUGGCUUUUCAGUGGAGGAACGUGACGGCAUGACUGCUUUUCUUGGAAACGGUUAUGUUGAUAUUUAUCGCCACUUAUAUCCCGAGAAGGAAAAAGCUUACACUUUCUGGAUCUACAUGAGAAAUGUCAGACCUAACAACGUUGGAUGGCGCUUGGAUUAUUUCUUAGUCUCCCAUAGAUUUGUGGACAACGUUUGCGAUAACAUAAUACAUAGUGAUGUUCUGGGGUCAGACCAUUGCCCCCUUUCACUCCACAUCCAGAUUUAAGUGUUUGGGUCAGUUUUUCAACUUUUUUAUAUUCGUUUGAGUUUUGUUUUUAUUACAUUACAUGUGUCGAAAUAAGUUUUAAUAAAUGCUGAAUUUCCCUUUAAAAAUUGUAGGUUUGUCAUUAAAACAAAGUUUCAUUUUCCAAUACUGUAUUUACUAUUGUUGUACUAAAUUAGUGUUCAAUUUGUU